UUUCAGGUCCUAUGGCUAAUGGUUUAGCAACCCUUUCCUAAUUGUCCCUCCAGUUGUUGGUUCCCUUGUUGUUCCUUUGUCAUUUUUUUUUAUUUGCGCGAUAUCAAUUCCGGUUUGAUUCCGGAACUAAAACCACCUGUCGUAGCUCAAUGGACAUCGCACAACAGCCAUUCUCCUGCAUUUCUAUCAGCUCCGUUACUCCGUUCUGUCAAUGGGAAGGAUCUUCCGUUGGGGUGGGAUGAGAUGUUUUAUUUAAAGGAAAAGUGUUGGAAAUAUUCGUGUGUUUAAGAUGAAAAUGAUAAUGUCAUUGAAUAGUGCGGAGUAAGUACUUUUCGUAUAAUUUUAGUGGUGGAGGAUUGAUUUUUAUACUUACUCUACGUAAACAUGUCGCCGGCAAGAAGUUUUGCGAUGAUGUUAUGGGCUCGUUGGUUGAAAGUAGAAGUAGAGCUUGGAGGCACUCAGCUUUUCGAUAAAAUGACUCACAUCCACGUAUUUCCACAGUAUUAAAGUGUGUUAAGUGCAAGUAGCAGCAAGAGAACAUCUCACCGUACACAACUAAGUAGCGUAUACAGCUUGUAGAUGAGUAUUGAUAAGUAGUACAUGCGAGAGAAGGAAUAAUGUGGCUAACCGUAGCGUAAUGUGGUGGGGUUUUAUUUUCUUCCCUUUUUCCUCGAAACCAUCUCGACCGUUUGUCAUCUAUUUGUACCUAUUUUGUCACCGGAAGACACGGAACGGCGUCAGCUUCCGCAGACUCAUAGUUUGUCAUCAUAUACAGGAUACCAUACGCCAAUUGAGGACGAACUGGCAGCCAAUUCGAUGUUUAUCGAGGGCGAAGGUCUGUCAGAGAUGCCAUCGGACAACGGUGGUCUUACGGUGGGACGAGGAUCGUACCAAACGCAGGUACCUUCACCCAGUUCUGCUCUGAUGACCGUCUCGUUGGAUGCAUACUUGGAUCCACAGCGAAUGUCGUUCGAUUCGCCGAACGAUCUCCUGGCACGCGUUUGCAGUCCGGACGAUACGUUCCCCGUUUUCUCACCACCACCAUUUGAAAGAGACCAUCAUGCUCCCGUGACGAGCACGGUUCCUGUCUCUGCGAACACGUUGAUGCCUCCCAGCAAGACGGCUCUUCAACAGCGACAGCAUCGCCGACAAUCGAGUUUGAAUGCCGUGUCGUGGCCCGCGAACCAUGAGCUGACGGUUAGUCCGAAAAUGCCGCACCGUAUCGUUGGCCAAGCAAACGAAGAUAUUGGCGGUGAUUUAGAUGGUAACCAGCAGCAACCCCUCGCUCAAUCACCACGAUCACCGCGUUCUCCUAGAUCGACCACAUUUGCUCCGAUUCAACCGAUGCAUCGUCAUCGGCGGAUAUCGAGCACGGGUUCGGGAUCCGCGAUACCGGAUGAAGCGGUUACCGGGCACGAUGCCGUUGGUGCUGCUCGUCGUCGAUCUAGCUUUCUAGUGUCACUUUACGUAGACGAUGAUACGCGGUACGACGAAGUAACGAACACUGCAAACGGGGGUUACUCGCGAAGACGAUCGCGAUCGCGUAGCUUCUGGGGUCCGGUUGGUGAAGCGGGACUGAGAGACUCGAUACGUUCUGCUCGUUCACGAUCACCGGUGUCCCAUCAUGAGUGUAACUAUCCUUUACUACUCUUCAUUCUCCAUAGCCAGUUACCUCUAGUCGUGUCUAUCGUCAAUGUGCGCGUGACCUUCAAUAUUUCAAUUACGCUUUACCUUCUCUAACCAAAAUUGAUCCUCGCUAUGUCGCUUUCGUUCCGUUAGCAAUUCGACGUUCUGCUUCAACCUUUUCUUUUUAAAAUUUAUGUCAACUCACACACGCCGCUCUGCUUACUCGUCCUUACUGCACACUGUCAUCGACAGAAUCUCAUUCCUCCCUUGAUCCUCUUUGAGGAACUUUGACGAUUGUCCCAGAGGUAAGAGACUUUUUGCUACGUUCCGUUUCAAAAGCCUUCUGUGUUUAGAUAUAGAUUUUGUAUAUUUAAUGAUGUAAAUAAUGCAGCAAAUAAAAUAAAACUCGCUCCCGUUUCGGGCAGUUCUGCCCGCGUGUGUUGUUUUACUCUGUCAAUCAUUAAUCGCGUUCGUUAAGGAUUGUACGACCGUCGUGCAGUCGAUUCGCCUUCGCCACAACCAGAUGAAGCAGAAGAGGAAGUGAUGUGUAUAUAGUUCUUAACAAUUAGCUCGUAAAUAGCUUUUGAACGUGUCUUACCGACUCUAUCGAUAAGGUGCAACCGUUCGCUCUAAUAUGUACAAUCAUCUGCAGCCAAAUCCGUUGGUCCGCCAGCGAUCACGGAUUACGUUUACAGGAUCCAUGUUCCGUUUUGUAUUCAUGAAUAAUCGCACGUUUUUCUCGACACUGACUGACCAACAGCAUCCAACUUGCCUGAGUUGCCGCCAUAAAAUCCUUUCUGUAUCCUUCGAAUGCUGUCCAUUCCUUUUCUGUUCUCUUUACGUUUUCAUCCACUCGGUUU